UCCUCCCCGCGCCCGCUACCUUCUGCCGCCGAGCCAGGCUCCCCCGGUCCGCCGCAGAGCUUCUUCCCGCAGACCCGGCGGCACCUCGUUGGGUACCGGGAGGCAGCUCCGGUCCCCGGCAUCCAGGAUUGAGUGCGAUCUCCUGCGGAUGACGACUCCUUCAGCGAGAAUUUAGUGAAAGAAAAUCGCUCGGAGAUUUCAGAAUAUGUGGCAGGGACCCUAAUGUCAGCAUCCUGGAAGUAGAACGCACAGAAGAUCUGUGUCUCACACCACAGACAGGUGCAGUGUGUAGCCGGGGCAGCACACAGGAAGGAAGCUCUGAGGAGGAGGCGGCGCGGCAGCGUGCCUCUCCGGCUGUGGAUUUGCCCGGUGGCAACCCCCAGGCUGCACAGGAUGUGGCCGGGGAGUCACCUCGGCAUGCACAGCAGCCGGUCGCAGCUGCCCCCCGCCCGGACCCUCCACUCACCAUUCCAUCCACCGUGCCACUGCAGGAGAGCGAGGACCCAGCAUUCCUUGGCAUGGAGAACGCCACGCCAACACCGCUGCCUGAGUCUCUCCCCAUCGGCUGCGACUCUAAGGACAGCGUCUCAGAUGAAGGUGCGAGAUCCUUGCCCACAUCCCUCACUGAUGACCGUAGCUCCUCGGACGAGAUGCAACGGCCUCCGGCUCCCCUUUGUCCGCCUCUUGCCCCAGAUACAAAGUUCGACAGCACAGCGCAAGAGCUGCGACAUGAGUCACAAACUGAUGCAGAGAAAAGCCAAUCAAAUUGUGACACGGACCAGAUUCAACCACUUGGAGAAGCUGCAGGACUUCUGGCUGUCUCAGAGAAGCAGUCCAACAGAUUGGAAUAUAAACCAGAGACUGGAACAAAUGUGGAAACUGUUGGAAAUGGGCAGAAAGUCGGGAAUAUUCUCCCACAGACCUCAUCUCAAAUCUGUUCCACAGCCUCAACUUCCUCUGUCCCACACUCGGACGCUGACAGCUCAGGACAUGGCGCUGUGGAGCAGCCGGACGGGGACUCACUCCUCCACACAGACCGCCAUAUCCCCCCGUCAGGUGCUGCGUGGCAAGCUGCUGGUCACCAGGACUCAAAACCUCUGCUCCCAUCUCCUGACAGCAGUGAGAUUAAACAAACUGACGCAUCAAAAACACAACCUGAAAUCAUCAAGACGAUCUCGGAUGAUCCUCGAGAAAAUGCUUUUGAAUCAGUUGAGACAUUUGACCGUGUUACAGCGCUUCUUAAAACUUCUGACAGUGAAUCGCAACCUCCAUCAGCUGAACUACUUGAGACCCCAGAGGCAGGAGACACACCUCAUGGAUUACACACUUCUGGAGACGCAGGCUUAUUGUCCAGUAACGCCGCCGGGAGAGAAGACGGCGACCUCCAGACGAGCUGUGACUCUCUUGGGGGAGAGCGGGUUGAGAGCAGCACACGGGAAGAACCCUCGGACGCUGUCGUCUCCUCGUCUGACUUCACAAUGCUGCCAGAGAGUUCUCCCACCCAGGAUAGUCCCUCAAAACCCUCCGCUGCCCCUCCCCGGUUUGAUAGCAGCAUAGUAAUCUCCCUGCAGGCGGGGCAGGUUGUUGAAGCAGAAACCUCCCCCCCCUGUGAUCAGCUCCCACCAACACAGACACCUCCGGCUGCUGAGCCGGGAGACGCUCAAGAAAUGGUGGUUGUCCAGGAGGAGGCUCAUAUCAACGAGGACUGGUCCAACGUGCACCUGAAGCAGAGCUACAUCACACAGCCAGAGGAGGGUGGAGUCUGUGAAGCUGCCCUGGUCACCCAGCUGAGCUCUGAAUCAAAGCUGUAUGAAGAACGGGUGGAGGCAGACGUGGAGUUGGACUCCCAGCCGGUGGAGGUGUACGAGUUCUGUGGCCUGGUGGAGGAGGUUGCCGAGGAAACGGUCUGUGCCAGCGGCAGCGUUCAGAUGCCUCACUCCCCGGGAUACGAGGUGAACCUUUUCAACGCGCUACUGGAAAACUCUGAGGAGUUUAACGUCAAACAGGACUUGGAGUUGCACCUCGGACCCUCCAUUCACACAAUCAAUGACAGUGACACUAUCAUCAUUUCCCAGCAGCCCUUGCCUUCAGCACAUGAUGCAAAUCAACUGCAGGAUCUCUCAAACAGUAAUUCCCAUAAUUUGUCCUUACAAAGCAUGAGGGUAGCUAUCAGACAGCAUUUGGUAUUAGACGCUAACCAAGCUGCUCAAGUGGCAAACUCCAGUGAGGUUUGUUUAGUUGAAGUAGCUGCCGGGACGUCGGACUCAUUCACUGUAGAACAAGGAAGCACGAGUGCACAAAUUGUGACGACUUGUCCGCAGCUCAGUGCGACACUUUCAGACCAAACAGAGGUGAGUGAUUCUCCUGAAAUUCAAACAGCUCCCCAGAAACAGGAAGCUGAAGCAACAGUUGGCUCUUUAUCUCUCACAUCCCCAGUGGUCACCGGUGAGGAUGUGUCGAUGCAAUCAUCUGCUGCUGUUCCAGUGCACGUUUCUCAUGUAGAGAAUCAGCCCUCUCUAAUACACACCCCAGGAGUCACUGUUGUAAACGCCACAAAGCUUGAGGCCUGUGUCUCUUCACGUGAAGGGACAGUAGAAGCCUCUUCUUUGACACAAGCUGCAUCACAGAGUAUUCACAAUGCCGCUGUGCCCACAGAAACCAAACCAGAGGCUUUCCACACCUCUCGCUCCUCUAGUUCUAUAGAUCCAAAGCUGCUCCUGCUCAAACCAGGAGGAAUAUCUCUCCUGAAAUAUCCAUCCUCCCUUUUGUCACAGGUGUCCAAGCAACAAAAUGUGUCCGGCAAGUUGGCCAGUGCCCGCGGUGCCCUGCCCGGCCCGGUGUCUGAGGAGUGCCUUGCCCAAACUGACUCAGCAGCAGCAGGUUCUUUCUGUGCGUCCGUGGCUCUUAGCAGCCGGGACCAUCAGGCCACAGCAGCUCUGCCUGUGGAGGUGCAGCCGUCUGCGAGCAGUCACAUCACAUUACACCGUGAGCAGACCCCCACACACAAAUCUGACAACGAGGCCUUAACUCUAACUAAAACGUCAACAACUGAAUCUGUGACCCAAGACACCACCCCACCUAGAACCCCCCACACCCUUCACAUGCUCGAAGGGUCCGAGGAAAGGAUAGCUGUGUCGUCCAGCAGCCCCAAUGACCCCAUCAGCCAACCUGACUCCAUGGACGUGGAGGACGAGAGCGAGGACAUGGACCAGGACGACCAGACGGGAGACGCUGAGGCUCAGGAGGGAACCUCAGGACAGGUCAGCAGCCCCGAGGAGGCCAGCGACGAAGAACCCGACGCUGACAAAACAGAGAGUGAAAUGAACACUUCCAGCUCAUCACACAUGGUACGGGAAUGGAUCGCAGAGAGGGUCGCCGCCAAUUCCUCCCCCGUCUCCCCGUCCACCUCCUCCUCCCACCCCCCCAGCACCUCUCCCACUUCUGAUUGGGCACUUGCACGACGAGACAAGUCCUCACCUCUCCGGGGUCCGAGUGGCAAGUUUGUCUCUCCUGGAACCGCCGGUAGCUACAGUCCAUCCUCUGUGUCUCCUGAUCCGACCACUCCUCAGCGACCCCGUGGCGAGCGUCACACAGACAUGGCCGAGCAGGCGAAACAUGAAGCGGACAUUGAACAUCGAACCCAGGCAUUCAAGCGAGAGGGCUUCUGGUCGAUGAAGCGUCUCACCCGCCUGACCGAGCCGACACGACCCAAAGUGCAGUGGGACUACCUGUGUGAGGAGAUGCAGUGGCUCUCUGCUGACUUCGCCCAAGAGAGGCGAUGGAAGAGAGGGGUGGCUCGAAAGGUGGUUCGGAUGGUGAUGCGACACCAUGAGGACCUGAGGCAAAAGGAAGAAAAGGCCAAGAGAGACGAGCACGCUAAAAUAAGAAGAGUUGCAUCUUCCAUCGCAAAGGAAGUGCGAGCUUUCUGGAGCAGUGUGGAGAAGGUGGUGCAGUACAAGCAGCAGUCCAGAUUGGAGGAGAAGAGGAAGAAAGCUCUGGACCUCCAGCUGGACUUCAUUGUUGGCCAGACGGAGAAGUACUCGGACCUCCUCAGCAAGUCGCUCGCUCCCAGCAGGCCGGCGGAGACUGUGGUCGUGACCCCCCCAAAACCUCAAGCGCCUCCUGCUGAGGAGGAUGAUCGGGACUUUGAGCCUCCGUGUGAGGAAGAGGAUGACGAGGAGACGUUGGACGUGGAGGAGCAGCAGGAGGGGAAUGAUGCAGAGACCCACAGGAGGGAGAUCGAGCUGCUGAAGGAGGAGGGCAUGCUGCCCUUGGACCAAUUACUCAGCACCCUCAAACUGCCUCAGAAUCAUUGUACUUCGAAGGAGACGGUCUCAGAAGAAGAAUGUUCUGAUGAAACUUGUUCAUCAAUGGAGGAGGAAGAUGGGGAAUUCACUGCCAAUGACGAGGAUGCCGAGGAUGAAGAGGACACCAUAGCCGACCAGGAGAAGGUGGAAGGAAACCUAAAUCAUGCCGAGGAGCUGGAUGAUCUCGCUAAAGAAGGCGACAUGAGUGUGGAGGAGCUGCUGGAGAAGUACAAAGGAGCUUAUGCCUCCGACUUCGAGGCCCCUUCUGCUUCUGGCUCUAAAGCGAGCUCCGAUUCUGAGGUGUCUGGUGAUGAAGAGGAGGAGACUGAAGAAGAUGAGAGUGAUGUUGAAAGCAACUCUUCCUCCUCAGAUUCACAAGGAGACAGUGCUGAGAAUGACGAGAGUGAGAAGGAAGCAGAGGAGGAGGAGGAAGAGGAGGAGGAGGAGGGUGAUGACUGUGGAGAUGAAGGGAUGGAGGUCCUGCUAAAGGAGGGAGAUACCACCCCACCUUCGACUACUGCGCGACCGAAGAAAGAAAUCAGUCACAUCGCUGCGACUGCAGAGAGUCUGCAGCCUAAAGGCUACACUCUGGCCACAGCGAAGGUCAAGACUCCCAUCCCGUUCCUGCUUCACGGCACAUUACGAGAAUACCAGCACAUUGGACUCGACUGGUUGGUCACCAUGUACGAGAAGAAGCUUAAUGGUAUUCUGGCCGAUGAGAUGGGUUUGGGUAAAACCAUCCAGACCAUCGCGCUGCUCGCUCACCUCGCCUGUGAGAAAGGUAACUGGGGGCCUCACCUUAUCAUCGUCCCCACCAGUGUGAUGCUGAACUGGGAAAUGGAGCUGAAGCGCUGGUGUCCCGGGUUUAAAAUCCUCACGUACUUUGGCAGCCAAAAAGAGAGGAAGCUGAAGAGACAGGGCUGGACGAAACCUAAUGCUUUCCACGUGUGCAUCACGUCAUACAAGCUGGUGCUCCAGGAUCACCAGGCCUUCAGACGCAAGUCCUGGCGCUACCUGAUCUUAGACGAGGCUCAGAACAUCAAGAACUUCAAGUCUCAGCGCUGGCAGAGUCUGCUGAACUUCAACAGCCACCGGCGACUGCUGCUGACAGGGACUCCUCUGCAGAACAGCCUGAUGGAGCUGUGGUCCCUCAUGCACUUCCUGAUGCCCCACGUCUUCCAGUCCCACCGCGAGUUCAAGGAGUGGUUCUCCAACCCGCUGACGGGAAUGAUCGAGGGCAGCCAGGAGUACAACGAGGGCCUGGUCAAGAGGCUCCACAAGGUGCUGAGGCCCUUCCUGCUCAGGAGGAUCAAGAUCGAUGUCGAGAAGCAGAUGCCAAAGAAAUAUGAACAUGUGGUUCGCUGUCGCCUCUCCAAGAGACAACGGUUCCUCUACGACGACUUCAUGGCACAGGCCACGACCCGGGAAACGCUGGCUAGUGGUCACUUCAUGUCUGUGAUCAACAUCCUGAUGCAGCUUCGCAAAGUGUGCAACCACCCCAACCUGUUUGACCCCCGACCCGUCCAGUCCCCCUUCAUCACCAAGCCCAUCGUGUUCCACACCGCCUCGCUGGUGCAGGACGCCCUGGAGGUGGCUCCUCUACAGCGCUGCGACCUGUCUGCGUUUGACCUCGUCGGUUUGGAAAGCCGUGUGACCCGGUACCAGGCAGAUGUGUUCCUGCCGCGCCACAAGGUCAGCCGCCAACUUAUCCAGGAGGUUUUGGAGUCUCCUGAGCCCCCCCCCAGACCCAAACCAGUUCGCAUGAAGGUCAACAGGAUGUUCCAGCCGCCUCCUAAAGGUGAUAAUAGAUCGUUGCUGCUGAUGAACAAACCGACCUGCUCCGUGCCUCCUGCAGCUCAAACCCUCAAACCUCCUCCAGUGACCGAGCUCUCCUCAACUCCUGCUCACGCUCCCGUCGUUCAACAAGUGGUGUGUUCUGUGGCCUCCGCCCCCCCUCCCCGCCCAGCCAUGCAUCCUGUGGCUCAGACUGCAGUGAGGUCCAGCACGCCCAAGCCCGUGCUGACCGUACGCCCCCCCACUGUUCCCUGCACCGCCAGCAUUCCUUCUCAUCCCAGUCCGAACCCCAGCACCAUCAUGUCUCAGAGGGUCCUGCUCAGUCCAGAUAUGCAAGCCAGGUUACCUUCCGGGGAGGUGGUGAGUAUAGCCCAGCUGGCGUCCUUGGCAGGUCGGCCUGUGUCGUCGUGUCAGGGCAGUAAACCCGUCACCUUCCAGCUGCAGGGCAACAAGCUGACUCUGUCCGGAGCUCAGAUCCACCAGGUCCCUGCAGCUUCUCCACGGGCUGUUCAAGGAAAUGUGGUUCACCUGGUGUCCAGCGGGGUGCAGCACCACCUCAUCACCCAGCCGGCUCAGGUUCAGCUACAGAGCGCUGCCAACGCCCACCCUGCAAACACGCCCUCUACCGCGCCUCCUGCAAACCGCCUUCCUCACAACGCCUCCGCAGUGCCCUCGUCCAUCGUGAGCAGCGCCGGCGUCGUGAAGAUCGUUGUGCGUCAGUCAGCAGGCAAGGAGGGCGGGCCGGUGCCCACCCUGGCCGUGGCCCCUUCCCCCCGUGUUGUUCCCCUGGCUCCCCCCUCCCUGCACGCCCACGCCAACUCACCCACUGUCAGAAACACUGCUACGCUGCAAAUUACCCAGCGCACCCCUGGUCCCGCUACUGCCCACUACACCAUAGCUCCUCCCAGAAACCCCGGCUCCGCCCUGAACCAGCCCCAACUCCCCCGCCCUGUCCUCAAAGUAGUGCAGCCUCCUCCACCAAGCACAGAGAAGCCAGCUCCGGUGACGCCCUCGUCCUCUGCACCCAAGUCUUCAGCCGCGGCAGGUGACAGCGGCAGCGGCAGUCAAACACCUGCUGCCACCAAGUCCAGGCAGAGUGCCAAAGUCUACCCCCCACCCCGGAAAGUGCCUCGCCCUCCCCCCCGCUCUCCUUUCCACAUGUCGUGGCUGGCCGAGAGACACAAGCAGCAGCACAGCAGCCGACUGGACUUCAUCAUCCGAGCCAACGAGCAGCACUGCAGAGCCAAGCCCAUGUACGGCCGGGAGGUUCUGAACUUUCUGACGUUCCUCCCCGGUGCCAGUCCCUCCCCGGCCGCUCUGAGCUCUCGGGGGGAGUGGGGCCGGUCGGGUCACAGCAGCUGUCUGUUCGCACAGCGGCAGAACAAAUACGACUACUUGUGCCAGAGUCUCGCCGUGAGGGCGGCCAUCCAGGGCACCGAGGACCGGCUGGAGCAGCUGAGUGGAAUGAUCGACAGGUUUACAUUCUCGAUUCCCCCUGUAGAGGCUCCUCCCAUCUCCAUGCACUCCUGCCACCCUCCUCCCUCUCUGAGCCACAAGCAGGUGGUCUUCUCCUCCGCUCUGUCGACCCAGGUCGCUCCGCUCACUCGCAGCCUGCAUCGCAUCCAGUGUUACAUGAGGACGCAGUUCCCAGAUCUGAGGCUCAUACAGUACGACUGUGGAAAGCUUCAGACUCUGCACACUUUGCUGCGGAAGCUGAAGACAGGAGGCCACAGGGUUCUGAUCUUCACCCAGAUGACGCGGAUGUUAGACGUGCUGGAGCAGUUCCUCAACUACCACGGACACAUCUACCUCCGCCUGGAUGGCAGCACCCGUGUGGAGAUGAGACAGUCCCUCAUGGAGCGCUUCAACGCAGACCGUCGCAUCUUCUGCUUCAUCUUGUCGACUCGCAGCGGGGGGGUCGGGGUGAACCUGACCGGCGCCGACACUGUGGUCUUCUACGACAGUGACUGGAACCCGACCAUGGACGCCCAGGCUCAGGACCGCUGCCAUCGCAUCGGUCAGACACGAGACGUCCACAUCUACAGGCUGAUCAGUGAACGCACAGUGGAGGAGAACAUCUUGAAGAAAGCCAACCAGAAGAGGAUGCUGGGAGAUAUGGCUAUUGAAGGAGGAAACUUCACCACUGCCUUCUUCAAACAGCAAACCAUCCGAGAUCUGUUUGAUAUGAACGAGGGAGAGAAACGCGAGGCGGCGGUGGAGCUCGCCGUGCCGCAGCCGGAGGAAGAGGAAGGAACCAACAAGCAGAGCACCACCAUCCUGGAGCAGGCCUUGUGUCGGGCCGAGGACGAGGAGGACAUCGUAGCAGCUUCUCAGGCCAAAGCAGAACAGGUGGCAGAACUGGCCGAGUUCAACGAGAACAUUCCUCUGGAUGACGGAGGCGAGCAGGAGGAGGUGGAGGAGCUCUCCAAGGCCGAGCAGGAAAUAGCUGCUCUGGUGGAACAGCUCACCCCCAUCGAACGCUACGCCAUGAACUUCCUGGAGGCUUCGUUGGAAGAUGUUUGUAAAGAGGAGUUGAAGCAGGCCGAGGAACAAGUGGAGGCUGCCAGGAAGGGGCUGGACCAGGCCAAGGAGGAGGGCCUCAAGCUUCACGCUUCAUCUGAGGAAGACGAGGACGACUUCCUAUCACCGCCAGCGUCCGUGGAGCCGGCCCACCCCGCCCCCGCUCGCCGGGGGCGUAAACCCAAGGACAAGGACAAGGUCGUGACCUCUACGAGGACCAGCGGUCGACUCCGUGGGGCCUCGCCCGAGACGGAGCCUGAGCCCACGACCCCCAGAGACCCGCCUGAAAGACCCCGCCCUGGUCAGAGGACUUCUGGACGGGGGGCCGCCAAAGACACCAGUUCCGUGUCCGCCCCCCCGAUCCGCACAGAUAUAAAACCCUCCUCAUCGACCAAACUCCACGACUCCGCCAAACCGUCAAAAGCUUCAUCCCCUGCCAGAGAUAACCAGGCCACCAAAACCAGGACUCUACCAAACCGCUCCCAUCCCGGUCCAGUGCCUUCGCCGCCCACAGGCUGCCCCCCCCCCGGAGGGAAACCGCAGGGUGCCGUAGAGACCGACGGGAAAAGCUCCAAAGCAAGCAGAGAGGAGAAGGAGAAGGAGGGCGAGGACGAGAGCAGAGAGUCUGAGCCGUCGCUGGAAUCCAUCUGUCCCGUGGAACAGACCAAAGAGGAGGACGGCAAAGAUCUCCACGCCAUGUGCCCCCCCUCCACCAGCGCCAGGUCGCCUCGCAAGCGUCAGUCAGCCGACGGUGAAGUCCUGCGCGGCCUCGUUGAAGAUUCUCCGUCGGCCAAAGUCCUGCGGAAGCUUCCAGGGCGGCUGGUCACGGUGGUGGAGGACAAGGAGCCGAGGAGGAGGAGGCGGCGUGGGAGUGGCACCGGAGGAGGAGCUUCCUCAGAGGAGGCGGCGGCGGUGGAGGACGCCACGGCUGCUCCUGUCGACGAAUCAAACAAAGACACUACUUCACCGAGUCCUGACGGCAAAACUAAAGCGUCUGCUCCUCAGGAACCAGACCCUGUCCCGGCUCCACCUGCCCCCCCCCAGCCGCCCGUCAGAACCUAUCCUCCUUAUUCCCCCUCCCAUCAUUCUCCCGACAUGCCGGUGCUGAGGAACCUGCCGGUGCGGCGCAGGUUGGAAACUGAAUCUCGCAUGGCGGCUCAGCUGGGGGAGCAUCUGGGUCGAGGGCGGGGGGGAAACCAGUCCAGAAGAUCGGACCCGGCUCCGGGCAAAGACCCCACGUCCUCCUCUGCAGACUCCAACGUGAACUCUCUUGUGACGCCGUUGAAAAGAAAGAGGGGCCGGCCCCCGAAGACCAACCUGAAGUUACCGGAGCACGACCACACGGCGAGCCCGACCUCCACGCCCACGUCGCCGAGCGAGGACGGGAACGCUCCUCUGUCCCCCAAGCGCAAGAGAGGCCGUCCCAGGAAAGACUCCACGACCACGUCAGAGACAGUUACUGAGGGACAGAACUCUAAAAAAGAGACGACCGCUCCGGAUGUUUCUGGUUUAUUAAAACCUGACGCUGGCGCAGAGAUAACGGCGCCGACUCCCGUCACGUCUGAUGUUCUCACGGCUGCUGCUGUGGUCACGAGUCUGACGCCUCCGUCUCCCUCGGCUGAGAAGACCGACACUAAGACGCAGGUUUCAGCCCCAGUUUCACCUCCUGCUCCAACACCAGCUCCAGCCUCCACAGGAAAAACCACUGGAGUCUCCGCCCCCGUCCAAGCUCCGCCUGCACCCGAGGUGACCCCUCCCCUCCCGACUGCUGCCUCCUCAUCAGCCUCAACCCAAGUUACGGCUUCAGUCCCGAGUUCUUCUCCCCUCACACCUGCUACCACGACUCCACCUGCAGUCUCCUCAUCUCCACCAGAUGUGAAAGCAACACUUCAAGCUCCUAAUGCUCCUAAAGAUCCAAAACCUUCAGGUUCUACAUCUUUGAAAACAUCUGGACCAGCGGCUGUCCAGACCACCACCGUUUCCCAAGCUGCUGCUCCGACACUCCCAACAACGACGGUGAAACCAGCUCCAGCAUCGGACCCGAUCCCGGUCCCGGUCCCGGUCCCGACGACCACAGCAGCUUCUGCACCAGCACCAGCAGCCUCCACUACAGUGAACCCAGUCACAACAACUAAAACAACUGCUGCAAAGGUCUCGCCCCAAGCUGCUGCUCGGCCGCCGCCCACAACCAUCACGCCAACAUCUGUCCCAGCUCCAAGCUCAUCAACUUCACUAAAACCGACCGCAACAGCGCCCCCUGCUGCAGCAACGACUCUGACAGCAACAGCAGCCAAACCGGUCCCAACGUGUCCAUCAAAACCAGGAUUAACUGGGACGUCACCUCCAGUAACAACAACACAAACCAGUGCAUCCAACCCCACAACCACUAUGACGACAACAACUCUGGUUAAAACUGUGCAAACAAGCUCAUUAAACACAACACAAUCCACUACUGAAGCUCCGCCCACCUGCCCAGCGAGGCCGGGCAGCGCUUCUACAACGACUCCCGAUGUCACCACGUCUCCAGCCAGUGAAGCUCCAUCUCCCCCCGCCCGAACCAGUGUGACAACCACCAAAGUCCCAACCAAACCAGUGCAAGAUGCUGAGCAGGCAGAUCUGACCUCAGAGGCCGACCCGUCCCCGACAUGUGACCCUGCUCCUGGUCCGGCGCCCGCCAGCGUCGCCAAAACCUCCGAAGCAACGACGGCGGCAAAGUCUUCAUCAACUCCAACAGAAACACCUGCAGAAGAAGAAGCUUCCUCCAAAGAACCGGCUUCUGCUACAACUGCAGAAAAGACUGAAAAGAUCGAACCCACGAUUCAAUCCUCCCCAGAUGAGUCGGCUACAGAUACUGAGACAAACAUCCGAGACUCCGUGACCUCCGUGACCUCCACGACCUCCACGACCUCCACAACCUCCACCGCUCCUGCUCCAGUCACCGCAUCUGAAUCAGCUCCUUCUGUGUCCACCUCCCAAACGCCUGCAGCCCCUUCCCCCCAAACACAAACCCCUGCGUCCGAGAGCGUCUCCACAGAGGGGUCCGCUCAGAGAGAGACCCCCGAGCAGGACCCUUCAUCUGAGGAACCAUCUGAGGAACCAUCUGAGGAACCAUCUGAGGAACCAUCUGCAGAGUCCAAACGGAAGGCGUGUACAUCUGAAGGUCACUGUGAGAUGGACGUAGGUUGUGAAGAGGCUGAAGAGCAGGAGGACGCAAACCUGGACAUCGAGUCUCAACCUAAAAGGAAGAAGGUGGAGACCAAAGAGUCAGAGAAGAAGGGAACAGGAGGAGAAGAGAAGAAUCCAACAGAGUCUCAGAAAGAAGAAGAACCGCUGGCAGAGGAAACGACUGACAAACGGAAAACUCCCAAACAGAAAAGACCUCUGAGCCGCCAGAGCAGCCAGGAGUCCUCGCACUCCUCCUCACCUUCAUCAGGAGGCUCCUCCUCCACCCUCACCCGUCACGCCCACCACAAGAGGACGUACGAGAACCGACUUCCUGCCAAAAAGAGACGAGUGGACGUCACCUCAGAGUCCGGGAACGAGGAGACCAAGGAAAAAAACGUGAAACAGAAAAACGCCGAUCAGGAGCACGCCGCCCCCCGGAGGAGGCGCUCCAGGUCUGACUCCUCCUCCUCCUCCUCGGACUCUGAUAAAAGCGACCGCAGCAAGGAGCACCGGUUGACCCGCUCGGCCAAGCGCCGGCUGCAGGACCAGGAGAAGGAGGAGGGAAACCACCGGUCGGGAAAGAGAGCGGCGCGCAGCUCUGAGAGAAACGCGUCCAACAACACCAACACGUCCACCGGGGGGGAGUCCGGCAGCGACACGUCCUCAGUCCCGACCAACAGGAAGUCCACCGGAGCAGCCAGCACCCCCCCGCCCGAGCCCGAGGUCCUGGGGAAGAGAUGCUCGGCUCUGAACGCGGCAGCGAAGCUUCUGGCGAUGAAAGGCCGAGUGGACACGCCCGGCCACACCCCUCGGAGAGACCCCUCGGCGAAGACCCCCGGGACGUCUCCUGCCGCCGCGGCCGACAGGAACCAGAAGCUCAAAAACAAGAGUGUGCCUGCGUCUCCUCAGAACUCCGUCGCUAACAACAGAAGCACCGGCAGCAAACACUCCUCGGCCAAUCAGGCGAGCCGGCCGGCGUCCCGCUCCACCAGGCAGUGCCCCGGCUCGCUGGUCCCGCCCCUGGACCUGGAGUACAAGAGGGCCAAGCCCGAGGAGAAGGAGCGGGCGAGUCGGAGGUCAUCGAGGGGAAAGGAAGGCGAGGCGGAGUCUCUGUCCCGCGGCCACAGCGCCUGCAGCAGCGCGAGCAGCGGGGGGGGGGGCGACGACGGCGGCAGCAGCAGGAGUCGCAGCAGCAGCGUCAGCAGCCGACGCACCCACAGCGUCAGCUCGCACAACACGGAGCGCCGAGGCUCCCGCGGCGCCUCGUCCGGCAGCGAGCGCGAGCGCGGCCGCAGCUCGGACCGGGCGAAGAGACGGGACAAGAAGGACAAGCGGGGGGGCCAGCAGAGGGAGGGCCGGCCGGAGACCAGGAGGUCGCAGAGGCUCUCGCAGGAAGUGACCAGCAGCUCGGGGACGGAGGGGACGCCGGACCGGGUCCUGCGCAGCGUGGCGGCUCUGGCGGCGGUGCAGGCGCGCUCGCCGGCCGCCAGCACGCGCUCGUCCGCGAGUCAACAGCGUCACAACAAGACCUGACCGCACGCCACAGGGACGCAUGAGUGUUGUUGCAGAGCAAGAUGCGAGAGCAUGUCAUGACCUUCACGGUUCCUGCUUGUCUGCACUCGGGCGCCUGACGGGCCGCGGACGCCAGGGACCGAACCGACCGGCCUCCUGGGCCCCCCCCCCCUCCCCAAUUGGAGCUGGUCCCCUCGCCAGCUCAGCUAUUGUCAGCUGGGGGACGGCUCAGGGGCCGAGACUGAAAAGGCGGCGCCGUCAUCGUGCGUCUGUGACAGUGCUGGUGGCGUGAUGAGCUCACCACGGGGACUGGAGGGGACAAAGGUGCAGGAGGAAAUAAAAAGGCAAGUUGUUAGUUCACAUUAUGUACUGUAAUCAUUAAAGACUGGAACGCUCAGAUCUUAUGUGUUGAGACGGGAUAAUACAGCGCCCCCUGGUGGGCUGACAAAUGAACAGUCAUUUGUGUGACAUUAAAACCUUUGGAGCGACCAGUUGUAUUGUACGUUGGAGGUUUUAGAAGGUUUGGUUUCGAACACUCGGUCCGCUGUCCGGACUGUUUCUUUGUAGUCAGUCGAUAAGUUAAGCAUAUUUUAUUAUUUCUUCCAGGGUGUUAGGAAGAGAACAGAUCUGUCAAUGUGAUCUCUGCUGCCCUCUGCUGGAGCUUGUCUUUGCUUGGGGCCCCUUUUCCAUGUCGACUUCUGUUCCGUGGAUUCCUUCUUUAAUCCAGCCUUGCAUUUCUCAUUUGCACACCUGGCCCUGGGCUUCUGGGCACAUCGUGGUUUAAUCAUUGUUUUAUAUCAACUCCCAGUGACUCGGGUUAGUUCCUCGGAUCUCGUGUUGUGUCACAAAAACGCUCGUAAAAGAAUUAAUUGAAUUUGCAAAUCGUCUCUAAAGACUUUACACAUCCUGACAAAUUCCAAAUCUUCCCGACGGUGUUUAUUGUCAUGUAUUUAUACUGAAAGGGCAAGAAAAUGAUGUAGAAAUUAAAGAGUGCCUCUGUGGCCGAAUGGGUUUGAACCUGAUUGCCUUGUGAAGCCGGG